AUGCAGCCACUGGUUGAACUGGUUUCCAAAGUGGACACAGGAAGAUGUGUGUGCAUUGAAAUAGCCAACAAGACCAGUUCUAUCACCUUAUCUUCUCCAAGCUCCUACUGUGACAGUGGCUUUGUGUAUUGCCCGCCCCCUCCCACCAUCUCUCCUGGUAACGUGGACCACUGCAUGUUUGUGAAAACACCAUCGACGGCCUGUGGCAGCGUGGGGGUCCUCACGUACCACUACUCUGAAACCCACACCAUCGCAAUCCUCUUUUCGAACCCUUUUGAUUACAACAUACACAGCAUAUAUUUCGGUGCGCUGAUCACCGAUGAAGUCCGUAAGGCCGACCAGGCUCUUUACAACGAGAUGUACCACUACGACGGCCAAAGUGAUCAUCAGAAACUAAUUGAGGUCACUAGAAACGGGGAGUCCUUGGGCGUUCAUCUUGGCCACGUGAAAGUUUUAGCCACAAUGUCCAAUGACAAAAAGGCUAUCUUAAGAGUAGAGAUUUUAGAGACAGGGGCAUAGGCUACUGAGAGCCGUCAUUCCAACCCAAUGGAUCAUUGACUGAUUUAGUAAUAUAGGUGCUAAAAUACUCUAGUACAGUUACCAACCCCUCAGGUCAUUUUCUACUAUGUAACAUAGGAUCUAAUUGGUUACAAGUAGUAACUGCAAUGGAGUAACUUAACAUCUAUGUAAGAUGGGGGCUAAUUUGCCAAUUAUUUAUUGUGUCGUUAUA